AUGGGACCAUUUGUCAUCUCAUAUAGUAAGAAGUACAUACUGGUAGCCGUGGACUAUGUCUCGAAAUGGGUAGAAGCCGUGGCACUUCCAACAAAUGAUGCGAAGGGAGUUAUUGCCUUUGCAAAUUUGUUGGAGAAAUAUGGCGUUCGUCAUAAGGUUGCCACUCCGUACCACCCACAAACAAGUGGGCAAGUAGAGGUGUCAAACAUAGAAAUCAAGAGUAUUUUGACCAAAGCUGUAAAUGCUACUCGUACUGAUUGGGUGAGAAAAUUGGAUGAUGCGCUAUGGGCCUACCGCACUGCAUUCAAAACUCCGAUUCGUAUGUCACAGUACAAAUUGGUGUUUGGAAAGGCCGCUGGAACGAGUAGAGUCACAGAGCUGCAUGAACUUGAUGAGUUCAGUUACCAUGCUUUUGAGAGUACAAGGUUAUGUAAGGAAAGAAUAAAGCUGGUGCAUGACAAAAACAUUCUUGAGCAAAAUUUUAAACCCGGAGAUGUGGUAUUAUUAUACAAUUCGAGAUUGAAGUUGUUUCCGGGCAAGUUGAAGUCAAGAUGGUCAGGAUCAUUCCAUGUGCGAGAGAUGCAUCCCACCAGAGCCGUAGAAAUUGCAUCAGAAGAUGGUUCUCGCAAGUUUAGUGUUAUUAGGCAAAGGUUGAAACAUUACUUAAGCAUGAAUGAGGAAAAAGUGGUAUCAGUGACUUAUUUGCAUGAGCCAAAAAUGUUGAGUGAACCUUAG